UUCGGAUUUUGGAUUUUGCUUGUGAGGAAGUUCGGAUCGUGGAUCUGAACGAUCGUCAGAAAUGCGUUGUUUUCUGAGUAUGUGUAUUUUUUUGUCACGGACGAGACUCUCUGCAUGUCACGCAUCAGGGAAAUAGUAACGCACUGAACCGUCUGCUGUGUUCGCGCCCUUAUCCAUGACACUGUACCCCACCGAUUGCGAUUCGCUCGAUGGGAAAGCCAUUGCCUAGCUAACACACAACAACUCAAGGUGCGUUUUUCACCUUUGUACGAGACAAUUAGCGAACGGAUUCGGAUUUAACAAUAUUUUUUAACGGAUUGACGGAUUUGGUUAUCAAAUCGUAGCGGAUCAGCGGAUUUGCAUACACCUAUUCACCCCCCCUCUUUAAGAUGUAUGCCAUUUUAAUGAAAAUGUACCACCACUUAAAGACCUUUAAAUAGCACUAUGUUCCUAAAGAAUAUUUUAACACAAAACUCUGAUGAAAUUACAUCCAUCACCUUGGAAGAAGAUAAAGUAUGCUUUAUUAACUUUUUGCUUAAGUAAAUCAGUGUUCCAGUUUUGUGCAAACAACUCGACAAGCUCUUCAAACACGUUUUCAGCUUGGUUGGUAUCUUCAUUUUUAAUUUUCAUUAAUUAAAAAAGCCACUCCUAGAGACGAUUUAUAUCAUAUUAUUGCUCAACCGUUUUUUUUUCUUCUACUUUUUGUGGGUUUACUUAUUCAAGAUCAAGAAUAGCCUUUUUCUGGAGGUGAUCACUGAUAUCGAGAUUUUUUAUAAUUUUUUUUUUCAAAAACGUUCGGCGGCAAAAUAAAAGGAACGGAAUGAACUGAUGAUGAUAACGAAAGAGUUUGAAAAUAAUGCAAGCAACGAGAAGUUCAUGGGUAUUCCCACUCAAACUUUCGAGGCAGAUGAUAAUUUUUACAAAUAUCAAAAAUCGGUUCGGUGUUCGGUCACACUUAAAGGACGAGGUUACCCAUGGCAUCUGAAAAUUUUAAGCACUUUAAGGCGAGACUACCAUUAAAAUAGGAAAUUUUGGAUCUCUGAGAUAUGCCUGGCUGUAUGUUUUUUCUUUGUUCUGAAAAGCCAGAAGAUUCUUCAGUUACCGAAAUGUAAUUCUUUUUUCCGAUCCGAUGUUUAACCCAGUUGCAAUACCUUUUAGCCCUUCCAAUUGUAGCUGAGUUUAAAAUAAUCAUGAUUUAACCUCGUUUUGAUCCAUGACACCAAAAGAAUGAUAUAAAACAAAAUUUUAUUCGCUUAAAUAAAGAAAUCCUUUAAUUAAAAGGGGUAAUUUAAAUUACAACUGAAGAGAUCAAGAAAGGUGAUAAAGGAGGUUGUCCUACAUUCAUCUCGUAAGCACAGAUAGGCGAACAUUUUACAGUUGUCAAUUUCAUUUGAGCUUAAAAUAUUUUCGUACUCUAGAUCUUUGAUUGUCCUUGUGGUCACGCUUCCUGAAAAAUCGCAUUGGUAAUUAACAUCAUCGAUCUUACAUAGAUUACAGAAAUUCCCGUGAAGAGUCUCAGAUCAAAUCUCUUUCUAAUCCAAUUUCUUUUUUUCUUGCUUGAGUUAAAAAGUCACGACAAAAGAAUGAAAGACCUCUAUGCUACGAUCGACGGUGGACUGUUGUCGGUUAUCUGUUGUCAAAAUUUGGAGCUAAGAGAUUACAAGUCUUUAAGGUGGCAGUGGUCUCCCAUACAUUCUAUCGCAGCAACAGGAAAACAGAAACCAAAGAUGACGUUAAAAGAGACCGAGGUGGUUAUUUUCACAGUCCUGUACGCCGUCGCGAUGCUCGUAGCAUUUUCGGGGAAUGGUUUCCUCAUCUAUAUCGUGUGGAAGAAACCUGAAGUAAGAUCGCUGACAAGCUUCAUGUUCGUCAACAUGGCCAUCGCUGAUUUGCUGGUGACGUUGGUUGUGAUGCCCUGGUCGAUUUCCCAACUCUAUACAGACGGUUUAUGGAUGAUACCGGGAAUAUUGGGAAAAAUCACGUGCAAAUUUAUCGUAUACACUGCCUUUGUCACUAUAACAGCGUCCAUCCUCUGCCUGACACUCAUGGCAGUCGAUAGGUAUUAUGCCAUUGUUCAUCCCUUCCGCCGCCAGCUUUGGUUCCGAAAGCCUAAACUGACAGUACCAUUUAUUUGGAUCUUGUCAUUGGCCUCUAUGUCCAUUUUCCCUGUUGUUCAAACCGUGGAAGACCACAAUUCCGAAUGCACGCUAUCUGUUUACGUUUUGGGUGAUCCAUUCAGGGCCCUGCGAGGGAUAUUCCUAUUCCUGGUAGUGGUCAACUAUCUGAUUCCUUUGACUGUUACUUCUGUCAUUUAUACUAUUACCGCAUGGAGGUUAUGGUUCCAUGUUGCACCUGGAGUGGAACAUUUGACAGGAAACCGAGAGCGCCUUGAAACCUCGAAGAGGAGAGUUGUUAAGAUGCUCAUCAUUGUUACCUGUACCUUUGCCCUUUGCUGGCUCCCAGCACAGGUGGUUCACAUGAUAUUUGUCAUGCAAGCAUGGAAUAUUGAGGUAACUCUUCAGCCGAUUGUCAUGUUUGUGUGUUUUUGGUUUGGUCACUCCAACAGCGCCAUCAACCCAUGGCUUUACAUAUUCCUCAGCAGCAAGAUCAAUACGGCAUUUACAAGAAUCAUCAGUAGAAAAAGCAGCCGGUCGCCUCUGAGUCUCAGUAUCAAAACAUCAAAUUCCUUUUUACCACCUGAAGACGAAGCUGUCCAGAAAGAGUCAACACUGUAAUCUCUCUCAUAACAUGGAAGAUGUGUCACCAGUCUUGAUAAUUGUACUUAGAAAGCGAAACUUUCUUAAAACUUAUUUCAUAUGACACCAUAUAUACAGUGUGAUAAAGGUGAUAAGCUAGGUAAUUUAAUGUGACAUUGAUAAAUUCAAGUGAUUUAGACAACUGAUUUAGACAACUGUUCUGUCGCAAAGUGAACUGUACGUAGGAGGGAAUGGUCUUUAAUGGAUAAUUACUGAGGCAUAUGGCAUUAUGAGAAAUAUUGCAGCCAGCUUCGGCCUACGGCCUCCGCCGUAAUUACUUCGGCCUACGACCUCAGCUGGCUGCAAUAUUUCUCAGAAAUGCCAUGUGCCGAAGUAAUUAUCUAUUAUAAUUCUCGAUCCCCAUGAAAUCCUAUUGUUCUGUGUCUGUGUUGGAUCUUCGAUUUUAGUCGCACCUGUGUGUGAUGAUUGUGAUGCUCACUGCUAUUGUUCUUUGUUGUGAUGAAUAUAUCUUAGAUUUUAAUUGUGCCGAGGUUGUUAUUGUAGCUCGUUGUUAUAGUUGUUCAAAACAGUUCUAAAGAUUGAAUUAAUUCGUGCAAGGCGUGUAACACUGCUAAUUUGCAUACUUUAUAAGCCAGAGAAUUCAGUCAUAUUACUCAUUGCGAACCUGGGUUUAGA